UGGGUUAGGAGGGAGCGCGGGGCUGGAGGCUACACAGCCACAGGACUAUCCCCUCCCGCAUCCCGGCGGCACAGGAUUCCUCUUGUUCCUUUUCCUUUUUUUUUUUUUUUUCCUCCCACCUCUCUUCAUCACUCUAAACGGGUCGAUUUAAUUGUUAUUAUUUCGUAGUUAUUUUGCUACCUGACUUUUUCUUCUUGCUUCUUUUUUUUUUUCCCUUUUUUAUUUGAAGGCUGUGCUAAGACUUUUUUUGUAAAGCCUUUAAAAAAAAAAGGCAAGGAGGGGAAAGAAGCCAGCAAGAGACUGAAAAGAGCAAGAGAAAGUGGCAGCUGAGAAGGACUGUGAAAUCACCUCCCCUUUCUCAGGCUGUCGAUCAGAGCGAGAGUUGUACAUUAUUAUUAUUAUUUUUCUUUCUACAUCUGUCUGUCCACAUACACAGGCAGAGAAAGAGACAAGUACUGACAGUGAAACUCGACGAGACCAGCCAUGGUAGCAAGGGCUCAGCCUGAUCGGAAACAAUUACCGCUGGUCCUACUGAGGUUGCUUUGCCUUCUCCCUACAGGGCUGCCAGUCCGCAGCGUGGAUUUUACCCGAGGUACCGAUAACAUCACCGUGAGGCAAGGGGACACAGCCAUCCUCAGGUGUUAUGUAGAAGACAGAAGCUCCAAGGUGGCCUGGUUAAACCGUUCUGGCAUCAUUUUUGCUGGAGAGGACAAGUGGUCCCUGGACCCUCGAGUAGAGCUGGAGAAGAGAAACCCCCUGGAAUACAGCCUGCGGAUCCAGAAAGUGGAUGUCUACGAUGAGGGGUCCUAUACGUGUUCAGUGCAGACACAGCAUCAUCCCAAGACUUCCCAGGUUUACUUGAUCGUGCAAGUUCCACCAAAGAUCUCCAAUAUCUCCUCGGACAUCACCGUGAAUGAGGGCAGCAAUGUGACCCUGGUUUGCAUGGCAAAUGGGCGUCCUGAGCCUGUCAUCACCUGGAGGCACCUCACUCCUACAGGCAGAGAGUUUGAAGGUGAGGAGGAGUACCUGGAGAUCCUGGGGAUCACACGAGAGCAGUCGGGCAAGUACGAGUGCAAAGCUGCCAAUGAAGUUGCCUCGGCUGACGUCAAGCAAGUCCGGGUCACUGUGAACUACCCUCCCACCAUCACAGAGUCCAAGAGCAAUGAAGCGGCCACGGGACGACAAGCCUUACUGCGGUGCGAGGCAUCAGCAGUGCCCACACCUGAUUUCGAGUGGUACAGAGAUGAUACCAGGAUAAACAGCGCCAAUGGUCUGGAGAUUAAGAGCACGGGGAGCCAGUCUCUGCUGAUGGUGGCCAAUGUCACUGAGGAACACUACGGGAACUACACCUGUGUGGCUGCCAACAAGCUGGGAGUCACAAAUGCCAGCCUAUACCUUUACAAACGAGUUUUACCCACACUCCCCAAUCCUUUUCCAGGACCCGGCACAGGGAGAGUAGACAACGGCUCCAUGAGUUUGGCCGUCCCACUGUGGCUUCUGGCAGCAUCCCUGCUCUGCCUACUCAGCAAAUGUUAAUACAAAUCAGAAUUAAAAAUAAUAAUAUUAAUAAUAAUUAAAAAACCAACACAACAACAACAACACACAAAACAAAACGCGUUAUACAGGAGACAGAGCGAAGAGAGGGGAGAGAGAAAAAAGAGGGGGGGGAGAGAGAGAGACGACUGUUUCUUUCACAACUUUUGUGUGUUCAGGAGCGAAGAGGGGGGAGAGGAAAAAUUACAGCAAAGAAGACUCAGCAACAUUUAAUCCAAAACCUGAAAAGCCGGCUGUCAAGUCAUCGACUGCCUAGGAGGCAACACAAAGCAAGGGGAGAAUGGGGCACCAGCAAGGACCGUGUCGCCGGAGGAUGCUGCAAUGUAAACAAUCCAACAAAACCUGCAAAGCCAAUCAAACAGAAGAUCCCUUUUCUUUUCUCUCCUCCUUCCUCUUUUCCAUACUCCCUCACUUUCCUUCCUUCCUUCCUCCUCUUUCUUUCUUUUGCAGAAAGAGGUCUUUGCUUCGGUGUCUAUAGCCAUUUAACUUUUUGGAUGCCCUGGGUCAUUUUUGUGAGCUAAUGCUCAGCCAGUUCAUACUUUUAAAAACAAAUUAAAAAAAAAAAAAAAAAGAGAAAAGAAAAAAAAAAAGAAAGCCACAAACCAGAGCAAGUCACCUGAAGCUCUCUGCACACUGGUGUCCUGUGAAGAACCCCUUCCUCUCUUCACUUCACCCUGCGCUCAUGUGCACCCAGCCCUUGUUAAACACCUUCUUUCCUAUCCCCUCCUUCAUGCAACAUCGCCCUCACUAGCCUGAACUAAGGCUGCGUCAACUCUACUGAAAGCCUACUUUUCUUUUUUGUUUUUUUUUUUUUUUUAAAUCCUCUUCCUCCCCCCCAGUUCAACCAGGUGUCUUUCUCUUUCUCCUGUGUAUGCCUGUGUGCGUGCGUGCAUGCAUGUGUGGCUCUUGCUCUGUCUUCACUCUCUCUCUUUCUCUUGCUCUCUCUAAGCAUGCAAAACGAACAGUCCAUGUGUACAUAUGCUCAUCCUGCUGUAGAUAAUGUCCUGCCUUGUAAGUGUGAGACAAGAUGCAGAGAGAUCCCUUAGGCAGAGAAGAGAGAUGAGGAGAGCAGGGCAGCUGCAACAAAGGUUCACAUGGUGUCCCCUCUCCUGUGUCCUCACUGGCUUUUUGUCUUCUGGCCACCUUGUUUGCAAGAGUCAGUCUGCACCCUUGUCUAGGCUUUUUUCCUCUCCCACCUCCAACCUGUUUGGCUCUCAGCCUCCAAGUACCAGCAUAGCAGCCUGUGCCAUGCAUGAGUGCUCGCGCACGCGCAUGGGGGUGUGCACUCCUGCAAUUGUCCAAGCAAGCAGAAGAAACCAGGACUGGCCCACAACCUAUGGACUGAAGAGUGCGGCCACCAUUCCUCCUGGGGAUGGGCGGCUGGGCUGGUGGGAUGUGAGUGAUGAGACCUUGGACAUCACCAAGCAGCCACUCCUUUUAGGUAUAGCGUGUGUAGGAAUGAUACCUCAACAUGAAAACCACAAUCUGGCAUUCCUAACCAUUUUGGUAAUCAUGUAAAAAUAGAGCCAAUACCCUUUUUUGUUGCUUUGUUGGUUUUGUUCUUACUGUCCUCCCUGGUAUAAAAGGAAAUGCAGGCUGUGUAAGGGUGAGUGUGUGUGUAUAUGUGCAUGUGUGUGUGCUGGACACCACUGCUAUUACAAAACUCACUGCAAAUUCCACAUUUCAAAGAAAUUGGGUCAGAAAAUGUCCAGGACCUGUGAAUGUAAGAAAUAAAUAUCAGGUCCAAAAUCCUGGGCUUACAAAGAAGGAGCUUAAAGUGGUGCAGCAAAGAAGCAGGCAGCACAAUUUUCCCUGCUCUUCUCUUAUCUCAAAGGUGCUGGUCUUGCUGGAGAGCACUCUCGCUCGCCAUUGCACUUCCCACAGCAGAAUCACAUACAGAGGUGCCAGCAAGAGAUGCUUUAGUGGCUCCCAAGUGAGGAGGGGAGAGAAGGUUGUGAGAAACAGGACUGAUAAAAUGCUGGGUGGUGGCUGGAUUUACCACAACAGCACAAGGUCUGCUGCAGGAGCCAGAGUGAGCAGGGGCUGCAGUGCCUGUGUGUGGGUCGGGGCAGAGGGGAGAAGACUCCUGUGUCCCCUGGCCAGUCACGAGCCAUAGUAUCCACCAGCAGUAAAGUUGAUAAAAUGCAGGGUUUAUCAGGUAGGCCUUUUUUGGAGAGAGGGAUGUGCAGGGGAGAGCUUGAUUUAGCCCACACAAAUGGAGUGACCAUGCCACGACAGCACAGUGCUUUACAGGUGCUCAGCCACUGAGCUUUCAAGCAGCAGCCAGUUUGCUCCUCUGUCUUUGCCCUGGGCACUGGGGCAGUGGCAGCACGCUUGGCAGCCGUGCUCACAUGCAGGCAAGGGGGAAACAGCUUGGCCUUGCAGUGUGCGGGAGGGAAUACCCGCCAAGUGCUCCCCUGCCGGGAAGCAAAGCGGGAAUUGCUGCCUGCGAGCCCGGCCCCCCCCUUUGCGUGGGUGGGGCACAGUCCGGUGAGGCUUCUCCCUGCGCUCAGCGUGGUGCUCUCGCCUUACUGCGGCACUGCCGGCGCUGUCCCCUCGCUGCUGAGCUCAGCUCUUCCAGGAAGCAGCAGGCACGCAAUUAAGCAGGCAGUCAAGGGCUCCUCUCAGGCAGCCAGAAGAGCAAGGAAAUUUAUUGAAGAGAGACGUGAAAGGCUGAAGUUUUGGCAUUGUAAGAGUUGGUGUAGAGCUGCUGUGGGACUGGAUGGUGGUAAUUUAUGCUCCUCUAGACCCCGAAGCCAUACCUGCAAGAGAGUGCAAGUUGCAAGUGGGCAACUGGUGCUUGAAAUCCACCCAAGGCAUCCAGGGAUGGCUCCCUUUCCUCCAAGAAAGGGCAGUCGUUGAUGGGACUUGGGCAUCUCCUUUGGAGACUGGUGUGUGUCAGCCCAGGAAAAAAUGUAUUCUUCAGAGCAUUCAGACAUCCCAGUCCUCCUGCCUAACCUUCAGGAGGGCCAUGUAAUUCCCAGUCUUAGUAACAAGUCCAGAGUUUCUGCUGCAACAGGGCUCCUCUUUCCCCUGGUACAGCCGUCAGCUGGUCCCAGAAACCAGGUCUGGGAGCUGCACCCUUUCCAGCACACUGGCAUGAGGGAAAACACCACACUGCUCUUGCUCGGGGCUGCACCUAUGCCAGGGUUUAUUGGCACGGGCUUGUUGAUAAAGGUGGGGAGCCCGCAGUGCCUUGCUGUGACAGGCUGUUCCUCAGGGCUGAGUCAAGCCCACUUUAGGUUCUUUGAUGUCAACCUGGUUGCUAUGGUAGCACCCUCUGCAUGUGUUUUUGUCACUGUGGGGUCGCUCCUAGGCACUGGGGUCACACACAUCAGACCCCUAUGGUGUGGUUGUGGUCAUCAAGUCUCGGCACCUCAUUAUGUCACAUCUGUUUCUGUCACAUCUGAAGGAGUUUUGAGGGGAUGUUUUUUUUAAAUGUCAAAAGCAGGGCAUCCAUUUUUUAAAGCCACUUGCUCAUUAAUGGGGGAAACGGCCCCAGCCCCAGUGCUGGGAUCUGGUCUUUCUUGCAGGCCCUGGGCAGGUCUUUGCCUCUGUUGCCUGGCUGUGAAACAGUGAAAGCCAGUUAAUUGCAGACCUCUCUGAGAAAAGCCACCAACACCAAGUAUGCCUGUUGUCUGCAGCAGUGCUGGGAACCCCACUCCUGGCAAUGUCUGUUCCUAGCAGGGCUGGGGGAAGUCCUGGGUAGGUUGGAGCUUGAUUUUCUCCAAGAAUCUAAUCCUGUGAGCUGUAGUGUGCCUCACAGGGUGCUGCAAAAAUCCCCCCAUUUCUCCUGAACUCAAGCAGGGAUCGCUCAGAGCACCUGUCAAGAGGUGAGCCCAGAUGAAUAUAGGAAACAAAGGCAAGGUCCUAUGCUUUUUCCCAUUCUUUCUCCCUCCACCCUCUGACGGAGAUGUUGCAAUGGGUUUCCUCAUGUCUCAGGCCCUUCUCUCUGAAACUGUUUCUCCUCAUCAUCUCUUCUCCCUGUUUACAUCGCUGUCUUUCCCAUCACCUCCCAAAAAGCUGUGUUCUUGCUUCCUGCUGCCUCUCAGCUGGUUGGGGACCAGGGAAGAUGGGAGUUUGGAAUGGGACACCAGUUCCUCGAGCUUGUCAGUGUAAUUGUGUUUGAUUGAUGAAGAUUUAACAUUUAGUGUUAUAAAAAGAUAUGAACAAAAUGGAAAAAAAAUUGUACUUCUUCUACUGGUUUGUAAAUAUUACAAGAGUUAUAUGAGAUGUCUGGUAAUGUCCAAGCAGAGGAACAAAAACUUAGAUUUCAUAUAUGGCCCCAUAAUCGCUAGCAGAUUUCUAACCCUUUUCGGAUGACUGAGAGGAGGGGUGAAGGCAAGUCUUUCUGAAAGGAACUGGACAGGGGAAAUGCAGCCACCCCGAGCCACAUGAACUCCAUGCAUGAUUGUAGCAUGUCGCUUGGAGCGUGUGCUUGGUCAGAUGGAAAACGAAGCAAACACCUGUCUCUGAACGGCUGGGAAGGGCAACGUGGGAUGCUCCAGCCGACACCUGUAUCUUGGCAGUUGUGUUCAUUUCUGUUUGUUUGCAGCCCUGCACUUGCGGGCUCGUUGCUCAGUGAUGCACCCUCUCCUCCUCCCCCGUACCCGCUUUCUUCACCAGUGAAGUUGUGUCGCCCCAUGCUAGCCCCGAGUGCAUGUGAAUGUGCCAUUCAUGGAGAUUUCAUUGGUGACAUGCAUUGUGUCGAGAGUUAGUCUUUGUCUGCACAUCUUUCUCACGCCACUGACUGUUCACCACUUGGGCAGAUCGCGCGUGCACUGCUGCUUACCCCACUUUUGGUCAAAGAACAUCCAAGCCCCACCAGCUUCUCAGCUCCAGGUGCAUCCAGACCACGCCCCCAGGCCACCUGUCUGAGCAACCCCGUUUUGAAAGUCCAAGCACACAGCAUGGACAAAGCCACCAUCAAAAGCCAUGUGGCCUCCAGGCUGAGUGGAAGCUACACAUCUGGAAGGAAUUUGGGGGAGCAGCAGCAAGUCCUGAUGAAACAAGAGGAUCUGGGAAGUCAGAGGAGUUAUGCUAGAGUCCUUCACAGCCCUACCAGCAGGUUGAUAUUUCAGCUCAAUUGUUGUGCAGUGUUUCAUCACUUCGCCCUUCCCUGGUGAGGGAAUCUAUGGGCACAGGGAAACACCUCAUCUCCUCCCAACCCCUCACACCUCUGCUUCCUCUCCUCCAAGCACACUGACCUGCAGCCCAAAUCAUCAUGGUGCUUGAUGUGAUGUAGCAACUGACAUGGGGGAUGGCUGACCAAGACAGUAUGACAGAGGAGGUGCCUGGGGGGUGAGCAGUUAUCUCUCUUUCUCCUUCUCUCUCUCUCUCGCUCUCCUGAUGGUGCACAAUCUUACUGCUUCUCUGACUCAAGGACACAAAACUUCUUGAGUUAGGGAUGCCGGGAGCAAACUGUCCUAUGGGAAGAGCAAAACUUGAGGCAGGGAAGUGAUGGAGAAACUGGAUGGUAAUUUCCAAGAUGUGAUGCCGGUGGAAAAGGGUAGGGAUGAGUGCUGUCCAUCGUCCAUGCGCAGAACUCUCAGGUUCAUCAGCGAGGAGACCAUGGCCUCUCAACGCUAAUCUUAGAGUGGCUUCAUAUCCAGUGGGAUGCCCAGAAGAUGAUUUUUUUUAAUUGCAUGACUCUGCUGACUAAGAGCUGUGUCACACCAUUAAAACCUCUUUCACUUUUCCUUCUUGUAACUUGCUAGAACAAUGAUCGGGCAGCUCCCACAGCCCCCAAAAUUUUGCCUAAUGGUUGGCUCCCAUUAGGGCAAUAUAUGGUGCUUGCUUGUUGGUUCACUCGCCGUAACAGGGGAGCAGAACUCAUCUUGGUGAGAGUAUAUUGGUAUGGCCCUCUGUCCGUCAGUGUGAUGGGGUGAGGUGAGGAGACCUGCCAAGGCAGGGCUUGGGCAAGAGGAACAGUUCUUCUGAUUAGCCCAGGCAGGCGGGAAGCAAAGGGUCCUUCACUUGCUGCAGGCUUGGGUUAGCUGGUGCCACAGCAACUCAGACUGCCCUGCAAGCCUUGUAGAAGUGCUCAGGCAGCAGAGAAGGAAGGAGCAGUUACAGGGGACAUGACUGCAGCACGGGUGGUGGGGGCUGCAUUGAGCAGCAGGGCUCCUUGGGCAGCACAGCUGGGAAAGGGGCAGAGAUUUCAUCCCAGGAGGGCCCUUCUUUCCCUGCCUGUCCUCAUGGUGCAUCAGGAGCUCCCUCCUGGCCUCCCAGGGCAUGCUCACCAUGCAGAAAAAUGAGCCUCAGCGAGUAAAGCAGUGUGACAUCGCGGUGGCUCCAGCCGUGUCCUGAGGAAAGGCGUAUGGAUGUUUCUGUACGUAACAGAGGGGUCAUGGGUGGAAACGAGGAGCAAGACUUACCUAGGAGCCAGCCAGUGAGGAGAGCACAUCCCAAUGAGGCUGUCCUUCUCCAGAACUGUGACAUUUGCUCCCCACUCGGCCACGCACAGGCGCAUACGCACACCCCGUGAGCUCCACCUCGCACAUGCUACAGGAGUGCUCCUGGGGCGCUCUCCUUCCCCGCGCUCUCCAUCACACUCAGCCAGGCGGGCACUCAGCCACCUGCUGCUAGCGGUGGCUCUGUCUGUGACACACAGCUACGUGGUGACCUCCUGAGGAAGCCAGGAGAAGGCGUGUGCAUGCCUGUGCCUGCGGCAGCACACGUGUGUGCCAGGAAAGGGAGGAGGGGGCACAGAGCAGGAACCUGCCUCCGCGGUGCCACCGUCACCUGCCAAAAUCAUUCAGCCUUCCCAGCUGGAGCCAAGAUUCAUCCUCUAGACCUUGAGAAUGAAGGCCAGUCCCUUCUUCUUGCUACACGGUGGGGUGGUUAGAACUCUCCUCAUUAACAGUGUUAUAUACAUAUAAAUAUAUAUAUAUAUCUAUAUCUUUAUAUCUAUUUUUCCCCAGCACUGUAGACAUGAGCUGAACUUCUCUUUAACGAAACGAGAAAAUGGCCAUUUUAUUUUUUGCCAUUGUUUUGGUUUUGAAACUAGCUCUGUGAAAGAAAGUUUUAAAAGCGCAAGUGUGUGUGUAAAAGAACCGAUAAAAAAAACUAAACAACUCAACAAACAAAUGAACAAAACCCAGUGAUGAACAAAAAAAAAGCUUUUUAUUUUUUCUUUUCUCAAUGUAUUUAACUUCUGUUAUCUCGUUUCUGUUUCUUUACAUGUAUGAAUGCUCUGCUCUUCUGUGAUCUUAAAAAAAAUACAAAAAAAUACAAAAAUUAAAUAAACGUGAAAAGGA